UUCAUCAGCUGGGAGGAGGUGGGAGAGGUGUCAGAGUUGACCAUAUACCCACUAAAGUCAGGUCGUGGUGUCAGCGUAAACCAAGCUGAUGCUACUAUCUAUGGCCUGGCUCAUGGACCACUUGAAGACAGGUCGUUCAUGGUGAUGACGGCCGACGACUGCCGGUGUGUGUCAGGACGACAGAUGGGGCGACUAACAAUGGUGUGGCUGACAUUAGAAGAUGACAUGGUUACCCUGGGUGCCGAGAAUGACAGCGUCAAGUUCAACUUGAAGGAGGUUCUCAAGGAACAUAAGAUCACACAUACCAGGAUAUGGGACCAAGAUGUGAAGGGUGUGGACUGUGGAGGUGACGUAGCGGACUUUCUCACCCGGGUCGUCUCUCAAGGCAAAACAAAACUACGACUCUUAUACCGGGGAGACGUGGGAAAGAACAGAUCAGCUCGAAGAUAUAAGUAUUACAACUUCCCGAAGAUCCGCAACACAGAUACAAUGUACUACGCUGAGGGCUGCUCCUACGUGGUUGGUACUGAGACAUCACUACAGGACCUAAACUCUCGCCUGUCAGAGCCUGUCUCCAUGAGCCGGUUCCGUGGAAACAUUGUGGUCAAAGGCUCUACACCCUCAGACGAGGAUGACUGGGCCUAUGUGAAGAUCGGGCAGGUGGUCUUGAGGAAGGUGAAACCGUGCCAGAGGUGA